AAUCUGCUAUGGAGAACAGAGGUCUGUGUGUCCCCACACAGAACAACCUGCUCCUAAAAGGACACCCCUCUCGCCCUGGCUCCUGACUUCUGGCUUCUUCAAGGCCAAAGAUCCAGCUGAAGAGUUCUACCAGGGGCAAAGAUGAAAGUAGAACUGGGCCACAGCUGUAGGAAUCACUCAGGGUGUCCCAGGGCCAGGCAACAGGAAAUUGUGACGUGCAUUCUGGGCAGGGUUUGAGGUUUUGGAACCUUUUCUAAAAGGGACAGCCAGCACCCCGCUCCAUUUCCUAAUUGUGUGGUUGGCGUGAGCUGCUCACCAUGCAGACGCUCCUCACCUGCAGGACACUCGUCCUGGCCCUCGCCCUCGUCCUCCUGUUGGACUCCUCAGCACAAGGUUAUCCUAUGCGGAGAGCCAGGUACCAAUGGGUACGCUGCAGCCCCGACAGUAAUUCUGCCAACUGCAUUGAAGAAAAGGGACCCGUGUUCAACCUGCUUCCUGGGGAUUCCAACAGGAUCCUUCCUCCCAGGACUGACCCUUUCCUAAUCAAAUCCCAGAACCUGAAUGACGCCUUCCCUCUUUCUGACGACCUUUCUGGCUCUGGCUCUGACUCCGGCUCUGGCUUAGGAAGCGGCUCUGGAAGCAGCCUCCCCUCGGAAGUGGAAAGGGAGUACCAGCCGCUGCUGGACGAAGAUGUUUUCUAUUAUGACAUGAAGUCCCUCAAGCGGAAUCUUCCCUCACAUGAUCAGGAAAUGGGUCAGGCUGGAUCAGAAGAUGAAUUUAUUAUAUGAAUGACAGGAUUCUCCACCUUGGCACCAGGCAAUGCAGUCCAUACAUUCUGUGUACUGUGGUUAAAGAUUACAUCAACAAGUUGUAUAGAAAUUUUAAGACAUUUGCAAAAGAAACUUCAGUUGUAUCACUUUUGUCCCUAAUGAAUUCUUAAAGGAUUAGGCUUGCUCUCAUCUACCCUAUUUUUUCAGAAAAUCGCCCUAUUUGUGGGGGAAUGAAUGUCAUAUUCAACUAAUAUUAUUAUGAAAUUGGCUAGUUCCCAUGUCUAUAAAAUUGCUUUAAAUAAAAAAAAUACAUAUACUGUCUUCAAAAAGUUCUGUUUGAAAGGAAAUUGAUUAACAAUAUCUUAUACCUAACUCUUUAGGAACUUGUGAUUAUAAAUUAUAGAUAUGUCCAUUUUCCCAUGCAAAAAUAAACAAACAAACAAACAAAAGCCAAGAUGAAACAGCGAGAUUCUAGAGUGGCUAUUUGACCUGCUUUAGUGUGUGAAGUGUGUUACCAUCCUUUCACUGCUUGCGGGUUGGCAGAGCUUAACAGGUGUCACUUGCAUAGAAUCCUGAGUGCCAUUAAAGCUAGAAACCUGAGACCCAAAUUGGAGUAUGGUUGUGCCCCCAGCACCACACGCUGCUUGGCUCCCUGGGCAUGUGUGUAUCUUCCAGUGUUACUCUGUUAAAGCAGAAGUAAAACCCAAGGGUUAAGCUUCUGGGGGCCUCUUGUUCUAAAUACAACAGAUACUUUUA